AUGUUACAACAGAUGUCAGCAUUGCGUGGCAGAGAAGCUUUAGAAAGAAAGCAAGAUGAUGACUUUAGAAUUCACCGAGGAAAGAGAACUCAUGACUGUAAGGAAUGUGGGAGAUCUUUUUCACGAUCCACUUCCCUCACUGAACAUAUGCGAAUUCAUACAGGAAAGAAACCUUUUGAAUGUAAGGAAUGUGGGAAAACAUUUUCCCACUCAAAUACCCUCAUUCAACAUAGAAGAAUUCAUACAGGAGAGAAACCUUAUGAAUGUGAGGAAUGUGGGAAAAGAUUUUCUCAAUCAUGUAAACUCAUAUCUCAUAUUAGAAUUCAUACAGGACAGAAACCUUAUAAAUGUAAGGAAUGUGGAAAAACAUUUUCACUCUCAAGCAACCUCACUAAACAUAUUACAAUUCACACAGGAGAGAAACCAUAUGAAUGUAAGGAAUGCGGGAAAAGAUUUUCCCGCUCAAAUAACCUCAUUAGGCAUAGAAGCAUUCAUACAGGAGAGAAACCUUAUGCAUGUAAGGAAUGUGGGAAAACAUUUUCCUGCUCAACUAGCCUCAUUCAACAUAGAAGAAUUCAUACAGGAGAGAAACCUUAUGAAUGUCAGGAAUGUGGAAAAACAUUUUCUCAAUCUAGUACACUCAUUUCUCAUAAAAGAAUUCACACAGGAGAGAAACCUUAUGAAUGUAAGGAAUGUGGGAAAACAUUUUCUCGAUCAAGUAAACUCGUUUCUCAUAGUAGAGUUCACACAGGAGAGAAACCUUAUGUAUGUAAGGAAUGUGGGAAAACAUUUUCCCGCUCAAAUAGCCUCAUUCCACAUAGAAGAAUUCAUACAGGAGAGAAACCUUAUGAAUGUCAGGAAUGUGGGAAAUCAUUUUCCUGCUCAAAUAACCUCAGUCGACAUAGAAGAAUUCAUACAGGAGAGAAACCUUAUGAAUGUCAGGAAUGUGGGAAAACAUUUUCCCUCUCAGGUGACCUCACUAAACAUAGUAGAAUUCACACAGGAGAGAGACCAUUUGAAUGUCAGGAAUGUGGGAAAACAUUUUCCUUCUCAGGCUCCCUCGCUAAACAUACAAGAAUUCAUACAGGAGAGAAACCUUAUGAAUGUAAGGAAUGUGGGAAACAAUUUUCUCAAUCAGGUGCACUCAUUACUCAUCGAAGAGUUCACACAGGAGAGAAACCUUAUGAAUGUAAGGAAUGUGGGAAAACAUUUUCAUUCUCAGGCUACCUUAAUAAACAUAUUAGAAUUCACACAGGAGAGAAA